CCUCCGCCGGCGCGGACAUCUUGGGGCUGUAGGGCCGGGAGCAGCCGCCGAGUUCAGUCCGGCCCCGUUCCCGCGUGUUACAGCAGAGGCAGCCGAAGCUCCGAGACGUUUUGAUUUGGCACAGGUGACACAGCCAGUCACUGGCACAGCUGACCCUAGUCUCCCGACUUGCAACACGGGGCUUAAGUCCAAAGGAAUAGCUAGAUAGAGGAAUAAUAAAGUUUUCAGCAUAAAUUGACUAGACUAGAGAAGCUAAGAGCUUCGGCUUUAGAAUCGGACCCAAAUUCCCCAGCCCUAACCUGUGACCUUGAGCAAGAGACACUACUGGCCACGUGUAAAACACGGAUAGUAAUAUCUCACAGGGUUAUUGUGAUGUUUAACGUGUGCACAAUGUCUGAUCCAUAGGAAACCAGAAAUGGUGGCUGCUCGUAGUGUUUUUAUGGGCUGUCUGUGGAGGGCCCUAAGAUCCUGGCGCUGAAGGGGAUGUCAGGAGUUCUAACUCCAGAACUGCUACUAAUUUGCUAUGAGCUUAACAUUUCUAUUUCAUUUUUUUCCCCCAUAAAAUCCUUUAAAAGCUUUGCUGGAAUCACUGUCUGCCAACUUCCCUUCAUCUCAUUGGCCACCUCUGGUUGCAAGGGAGGCAACCAAGUGUGGUCCUUUAUCUAAAGAUGAAGGCAAUUAUCACAUUCUUCCAGAGCUGCCGACUCGGGGGAAUGUUGCAGCGAGUUACACCUUGGGGAACAGCUCUAUACAAGUCUUCACUGAACAGUCGUUUGUUGAGUGUGUACUGUGUGCUGGGCAGUACAUUUAAAAGUACAGUUAAAAGUGCUUUAACUGCAGUCAUAUUUAAUAUCCAUUGUAGUCCUAUGGGGGUAGGUACCAUUUAUGUACCCAUUUUACAGAUGAGGAAAUGAAGGCUUAGUAGUAAUGGAUUUACUGAUGAAAAAAUAACUCAGAUCUGUCUAAGAAGGAGGGUUUCUGACCAUGGCGGCAGCCAGAAAAUUAUAAGUAGCCCUGGACAAACACCCAAAACCUUGAGUUCUUGUUCAGUCAUUACAUUCAGCCACCCACUUAUAGAAUUACCUUGGUCCAGGGACAUAAUCUUUACUGACCAUAGUUUUCUCAUGAGUAAAAUGAAGAUGUUCUAUGGCUGAGUGGUUUCCCAUAUUUUCCUCACCUUUCUAUUUGCCUCAGUGAACCCAGUGUUUUUCAAGAUUUUGUGUUACUCCAUUUAGUGUUAACAGCAUUAACUUCUCUAUUUCGUUAAUCAAAGACAGAUGUAAAUGCUUAUCAGAGCUUCUGUUCUGCCUGGGACAUGCAGGAUGCCCACUGAGUUGGUAAAAUUCUAGGCCACAGCUAAGAAAAAUGGCAACGUCUGUAGCCGAUAGCAACGCUUGCCAUUCCAGACGGGCUUUACAACACAGACUGAGAGACAUCCUGGAUCCCCUGGUGUGGCAGUGACACCACGUUGGAACCUCUGGACUAGACUGGAUCUAAGAACCAUUGCUGCUCUAAAAGUCUGCGGUUUUAUGAGGAACCCUGAGAUCAAACAGUUGGUACUUCUUUUCGUAAAAUAGGAGCCAUCUAUAAUGUGAGAGGCUGGGAUUCGAUGAUGCUUCCUGUUCUAAAAUUCUGUCUGGAACACACACACCCUGCCAUGGAAUGGAGAACAUCCAGACCGAGGCCAGCUUUCUGUCACCCUAUUUGGAAGAAAGUCAGAGGCAGUUGACACAGGAGGGGCAGCUCCAAGGUGUAAAGCUCUGAAGGAAAUGGAUUUAAUUAAAACUUCUGAGUCAGACUGUUACUGCUACAAUCAAAAUUCCCAAAUGGAAUGGAAGUACAUAUGGUCAACUGUGCAGGUGAAAAUUACCAGUUCAGGCCUGCUCAGUAUGGUAUAUAUCACAGAAAGACAUAAUUGCCAGUAUCCAGAAACCAUUCUGUCUUUUAUCAAAUGUGUGAUUCAUAACUUUUGGACACCAAAGGAGUCUAAUGAAGUAACCAUAAUCAUCAAUCCAUAUGGGAAGACCGUGUGCUUCUCUGUGAAGCCUGUCAGGAAGACAUUCAUCUAUAAAAUCAGUGUGACUCGAAACAUUGUGGAUUUCAAACUCUUCCUUGUGUUUGUGGCAGGCGUUUUCCUCUUCUUUUAUGCAAAGGCCUUGAGUCGAAGCCCUAUUUUCUAUUACUCUUCUGGGACCGUGCUAGGUGUUCUAAUGACAUUAGUCUUUGUCCUCCUGUUGGUGAAAAGGUUCAUUCCUAAGUAUAGCACCUUUUGGGCUCUAAUGGUUGGUUGUUGGUUUGCUUCAGUUUAUGUUUUGUGCCAACUGAUGGAAGAUCUGAAGUGGCUGUGGUAUGAAAAGAGAAUAUAUAUAUUAGGCUAUGUCUUGGCGGUUGGAUUUCUCAGUUUCGCCGUUUGUUACAAGCACGGACCCCUUGUUGACGAGAGGAGCAUAAAUCUUCUGACGUGGACACUGCAGCUCCUCUCCCUGCUUCUCAUCUAUUGUGGCGUCACCGUGCCGCAGUUCUCAUACGCAGUCAUGAUCCUCAUCCUGUGUUCCAGGAGUCUGUACUACCCACUGAAAGCAUUUGGUUAUAUGACGUGGAAAAUGAAGAAACGGUUUACAUCAGAAAAGCUGGUGGUUAAGUAUCUGACUGAAGACGAAUACAGGGAACAAGCCGAUGCCGCAACAGCCAGCGCUCUGGAGGAGCUGCGCGGAGCCUGCCGCAGGCCUGACUUCCCGUCGUGGCUGGCCGUCUCCAGACUCCAGGCUCCUAAAAAGUUUGCAGCCUUUGUUCUUGGAGGAAGCCACUUGUCGCCAGAAGAGAUGCGUCUUCACGACGAACAGUACGGCCUUGGGGGUGCCUUCUUGGAAGAGCAGCUCUUUACCUUGAGGACUGACGGUCUCUCUGCGCAUUGACUUCAUUCUGGACAAGGAAGUGGGUAAAGGGCAGGGAUCCUGUGAAAGUUGGGCAGAACUGUUCUAGGGAACAGUGGCAAAAGCAUUUGCUGUGGAGAAAAAUCAAGUCAUUCUGGAAAGGAAAACUAAACUAUAUUGAAGAUAACUUAUCAUUCUUGGCCAGUUCUGCUACUUAUUGGACUGUAGGUGGCUGCCAAGAUUCUGUGAGAGUCCUUACCACUUUCCUUGAAUGAAGACUUUCAUUAGGAAAAAGGGAAUCACAUUGUUCUUCAGGGGGCCAGUUAGCAUGAAUAGGUGCCUUGUCAACACCAGGGCAUUAAAUCUUCUCUUAAUCCCCAGAACCUAUGUCGAAAGACUGCAUUGCUUUUCCUCCAUAUUAUCAAUGUAAGUGCUGGAAGAGACCCGAGCUAUGCUGGACCAGUGUUUUCCAAAAUAUAGUCCACAGGAUACUAGAAAGUGUUAGAAAAGGGAUUCUGAGGUCAACUAAGAUCGAUACAAAGUCAAACAAAUGUACUGCAGGACUUCUCAGAGCCUUUAAUAAUGCCAGCGCACAUUGUGAAUCUACUAAAGAGGAGAAAUUGUGUGCAGCAGUUUCCGACUUAAUUUGACCACAGAACCCUUUUUCGUGAGAUUAAUAUUCCUUGGGACACAUGUUUGGAAAACGCUAAUGAUGGAGGAAUUGAGGUUUGGAGAGGUUACAUAACUGGUCCAUGACCACGACGCUAUUCAGAGGCAGCACUAGGACCAGAACUCCAGCCCCACUGUUUCCUACGACUCAGGUAGAAGGAGACCUUCAAGGUGAGCCCAGGGGCCAUCGCCCUACCCUUGGGUCUCACAAUAUUGGUGACUUUUUAUUUUUUAUUUUUUAAUAAUGGCCAACUAGCUAUUUGGUAACUGUGAUAAAGACAAACAUUUCCUAAUAUUAUAUUUUAAAGUUUUGAUAAGACUUUUAUAGACAUAUAUAAGGAUUACAAAUUAGAAUUAUUUUUUAUAUAUUUUUAUACAUUGAAAUUGCAGGCAUUUAACCUCUUGGGACGUUUUGAGUUGACUGGUCCAUUUUAAAAAAUUGUUUAGUUAUAUACGUUUGUAACAAUUUCCUACAGAACAGAUUUAUGAUCUUUCUUCCAGAGAACACUUCAGUGAAAUGAGGGACUAACCUGAGGAAGGGAGGCCAAAACAUAGGUCUGAGACAGGAUCUGAACGUGGCAAAAUCAUCUAAGGGCUAAAAUGUUGGUAAACUGAUUAUCUGUAAGAAUCAAACUCAGGCUUUUUUGCUGGUGGGAUCAUCAAGAAUAGAUGCUUCAAGAGUGAGGAAUCUCCUUUCACUAGAAGAAGGGUAAUGGAGAAGGGACACACAGAUAAUGUGGGCACCGCUUUCCUGAGCCACAUUUCGUAGAGUUUUUCUAAAUUGUUGAAAAAGAGCAUGGCUACCCAUUUGGAACUUUCUAAAUUGAUUUUCAAAUGCUAUUUCCUCUUUGAAGCAGAGUGUCAGUGUUGCACAGGUCUCUGUUUUUACCAGACACCUUUUACUCUUAGGAGCUUUGCUAUUUUUGUGAAAUGCACUGAAUUCAACCUGUGCUUUCACACAGACUUUGAUUUAAAAAAUCCAAGAAAGUAUCUUCCAUUCAGAUAUGUGUAAACGGCUCUAACAUCAUUUUGUCCUAGUUUAUCUGAUUGUUUUUUAUAACGGUAUAUUUAUUGUUGAUAUAUUAUAAAUGUAUCAGAUGCAUCAGUGCUUGUGCUCACCACACUCACCUCUGAGAGGCAGUCUGUGUACUACAGAGUGUGUGUGUGGCUAACACUCGAACAUCCUGCUGAGUCCCAGGGGACCUCCCAGCCAGGACAGCCACUGGGCCUCAC